CCUUGCGGUUUGGAAUCUUACACUGCACAGCCUGAAGGCUCACUGGCCUCCCCAUUUACCCUUCCGGCAUACCCUCUGAGGGAAACAUCCUUGAAUGCGCCUACACCAUUUCCGUGUAUCCUGGCUACGGUGUGGAGAUCCGGGUCCAGAAUAUCAGCCUCGUGGAAGGAGAGACGAUCACCGUGGAGACCCUUGGAGGGGUGGAGCCUGUCGCCUUGGCCAAUGAGUCGUUCCUGAUGCGGGGGCAGGUCAUCCGGGGGCCAAACAACCAAGUGGUGGUUCGCUUCCAGAGCCCGGCACCUGCCAACCCCGGCACCUUCCAUUUCCAUUUUCAAGCCUACCUGCUGAGCUGCGCCUUCCCCACACGUCCAGCCUACGGCGACGUCUCUGUCACCAGCUUGCAUUCUGGGGGCAGCGCCUACUUCUCUUGCGCCACUGGCUACCAGCUCAUGGGUCCAGCCCGCCUAACCUGUCUCAACGCAACACGCCCCUUCUGGAGCAGCCAGGAGCCAACAUGUGUCGCCGCGUGUGGUGGGGUGAUCCGGAACGCCACCGUCGGACGCAUCGUCUCCCCAGGCUUCCCUGCCAGCUACAGCAACAACCUGACCUGCCAUUGGCUGCUGGAGGCACCACCAGGACAGCGGCUACACCUCCAUUUUGAGAAGGUUUCAUUGGCCGAAGACGAUGACAGGCUGAUCAUUCGGAACGGAAAUGACAUCGAAGCUCCCCCUGUGUAUGAUUCUUAUGAGGUGGAAUACUUGCCGAUCGAGGGGCUGGUCAGCACGGCACGCGGCUUCUUCAUUGAGCUGACCACAGACAGCAGCGGCGUAGCUGCUGGCAUGGCGUUGCGAUAUGAAGCCUUUGAACCGGGGCAUUGCUAUGAGCCGUUCGUCAAGUACGGGAACUUCACCACCAGCGAUGCAACCUACGCUCUGGGCGCCACCGUGGAGUUUGCCUGUGAGGCCGGCUACACUCUGGAGCAAGGCUCCGUCAUCAUCGAGUGCAUCGACCCCACCAACCCUCAAUGGAACGAGACUGAGCCGGCCUGCCGAGCUGUGUGCAGUGGGGAGAUCACGGAUGCAGCUGGCGUGGUGCUUUCUCCGAACUGGCCAGAGCCCUAUGGGAAGGGUCAGGAUUGCAUCUGGGGGUUGCACGUGGAAGAGGACAAGCGCAUCAUGCUGGAUAUCCAAGUGUUGCGCCUGGGCAAAGGGGACGUGCUGACCUUCUAUGACGGAGACGACUUGACCGCACGCAUCCUGGGCCAGUACUCCGGCCUCAACCGGCGCUUCAAGCUCUUCACCUCAACAGCUGACGUCACCAUCCAGUUUCAGUCUGACCCUGGCAGCAGCGGCCUGGGCUACCAGCAGGGAUUCAUUGUCCACUUUACAGAGGUACCCCGCAACGACACUUGCCCGGAGCUGCCGGAGAUCCCCAACGGCUGGAAGACUGUGUCCCACCCAGAACUGAUCCAUGGCACUGUGGUUACCUACCACUGCUACCCUGGCUAUGAAUUGGUGGGCACCGAGCUCCUGAUGUGCCACUGGGACUUGACCUGGAGUGGGGACCUGCCCUCUUGCCAGCGAGUGACCACGUGCCGGGACCCUGGAGAUGUGGAUCACAGCCGCCGCAUGGUCUCCAGCGGCAAAUUCCCUGUGGGCGCCACCAUCCAGUUCGUCUGUGACAAAGGCUACGCGCUGGCUGGGAGCGGUGUAAUCACCUGUCAUGACCGACAAGCCGGAGAUCCCAAGUGGAGCGAUCGUCUUCCCAAAUGCAUCCCGGAGGUGUACGAACCCUGCCUCAACCCUGGCGUCCCUGACCACGGAUCUCAGAACCCAGAGAAGAGAGUGUACCAGGCGGGCACACUGCUGCGGUUCUCCUGCACAGCAGGCUAUACACUGCUAGGUGAUGCCACCCUACGUUGCGUGCCAGGUCACCCUUCCCAAUGGAAUGGCACUCCACCUUUCUGCAAGACAACCUCCUCCAAGGAGUUCUACACCAAUCGCAACCUGGACGCUGUGGCAAAAAUGGCCCCCGCCGGAGACGUCCUGCAAGGCUCGAACGUGGCCUUUGCCAUCUUCCUGCCCGUGGCUGCUGUGGGAUUUCUCCUGGGCACCGUUUACCUGUACAUCUCCAGGCACCAAGGAAAACCGUCGCUGCAGCUGCCCCUGUCGGGUUCCCACCCCUACGAUCACAUCACCGUGGAUUCAGCCUUUGACAACCCUACCUAUGAAACCGGAGCUUUUUUCUCUCCAGGAGACGCAGGAGUAUGAAGUUUCCAUCUAGGGCGGUGCCACCCUCGAGGUGGGAGCCAGAGGGGCAGGCCCCGCUCCUGAUCCGUGCUGCCCUCCACCCUCUCCACGCGCCAACGACUGACUCGGAGGUCGGCUGACCACCUGCAGUGGCAAGGACCAGUGAAGACCUCCCACCCAUCCCUCAAGACGGACCUUCUGGGGAGACAAAUUAGAACUUGAUACCAGCAGCUGGUGGCAGCCCUAGCCCUUUUUGUCUCCGAGACUUCCCCCCUUUCAGUCCUAGCUCCAAUAUGGGGUCAGCUCUGUGCCCGGUGCGGCAGAUUUCCCUCGUGUGCUUCCACUCGCAUCUCACCCACUGUUUCCUUUGGAACUCUCGACAGCAUCCCGAUCAGCUACUACCUGGCAGAAGCGUACUGGGGGAUAUGGCACCCGGGGCAACACCUGCUCCAGGCGCCCCUCUCCCCAAAGGAGCAUCCAGGCCCCCAUGUGAUCUAAUGGGGCGCCUGGGGACAAUUGUCCCCCUUGUCCCCCUGGCAGAUACGCCACUGCCGCCUAGUCCCUGCUUCCUCUCUGCCGAACCACCCUUCAAGGCCUCUCCCCCCUUGGCCCAAAGGCUUUCCUGAGUCCAGAGACUUCUGAACUUGUACAGGGAAGAAGCUUCAGGAUCAGGACACUUCCCCAGGUGGGAGUUUGCUGACAACCUGCAACUCGAGCCAGUUGCUUACUCCCUUGUUCUCUUAGCCCACGACGGCCCACCUUGGAACCCCAUGCUGAAUUAGAUUGCCCACCAAGCACGGAAGGUCUUGCGCAAGCAAAAAACAAUAAUGGUAGUGUGGAGGAAUGUGGUUAAGAGCAGGCGCACUCUAAUCUGGAGAACCGGGUUUGAUUCCCCACUCUGCCGCUUGAGCUGUGGAGGCUUAUCUGGUGAACCAGAUUAGUUUGUGCACUCCCACACAUGC